AACGGUGACAUCGAUAAACAAAAAUAUGACCGAUGUAGAGAAAUGCGACUCUUUAUAGUUUUAGUUUUAUUGACAAAAGUGGAUACCAUAAGCCCAACUGAUUCAACAACCUUAAGAUUAGUACAAAUUCUGUUCCGCCAUGGUGACCGUAGUCCAACCCAUGUGUACCCCACAGACCCGUAUCAGGAGGACUCCUGGCCGCAGGGGCUUGGUCAGCUGUCCAAGGUGGGCAUGAAACAGAUGUAUGAAGUUGGUCAGUUCAUCAGAACACGCUACGUAGGUAGUGGCUUCCUAACAGCUAGCUACACAAACACAGAGAUUCACGUCCGGAGCACAGACGUUGACAGGACGUUGAUGAGCGCCUACAGUGUUCUCACUGGCCUUUAUCCACCAGAGGGCAAGCAAGUUUGGAAUGGUACAUUACCAUGGCAACCAAUACCAGUUCACACAGUUCCUAGGUCAGAGGACUAUCUGCUGUACCUGCACUGCCCCACGUAUGAGAAAGCGUAUGAGGAGCUGCUGCAGAGUCCUCCCAUGCUGAAGAUACAGAACCAACACAAGGACCUUAUAGACUACAUCUCACAGCAUUCUGGUCUCAGCGCUACUCUUGGCAGCCUUCUUCUUAUAAUGGAUCCUCUUCUGUGUGAGAAAAUAAACAAGAAGCCCUAUCCACCAUGGCUGAUAGUAAACGACACAGCAGAGAUCAUCCUGAAACUGAUAGAUUUGAAAGUUCAAGUAAGGACAAACACUCCUGAACUGGCUCGCAUCAGGGGAGGUCCACUGCUUGGAAGAAUGAUACAGAACAUGAAAGACCACAUCACUAAUAAAUUGUCAAGGAAAGCUCUUCUCUUCUCAGCACAUGACUCCACAAUCGAAGCGUUUCUAAGUGCACUGAAUGUGUUCAAUCACCGAUACGUCCCGUACGGAUCCAGCGUCUAUGUAGAACUACAUGAAAUCAAGGAUGCCCCUGUUGUCAAGGUGUUCUAUAGAAAUGACACAACUGCUGAACCAUAUCUGCUCGAAUUAUCAGGCUGUAGUGACCUCUGCACUGUGGUG